AUGGAAGAAGGAAUCGAUAUUCUUGCCGCGACAAGACGCUCAAGCUUGGCGUCCUCAUCUGCAAUGGCUUCGAACAGUGUUGGUGAUAUGGUUACUGGCUCUACUUCAGAAGACUCUGAAGUUCUCGCCUCUCAAGGUCCUGCCAGUCCAUCUCUCUUAACUCCUGCACAAACCUCCCAAGCCAUUCUUCAAGCUUUGACUUCAGCCUUAAUACCCCCAGUACCAGCAUAUGGAGUUGGUAGAAGAUCGCAACUGGGCCGCCAUGUCAGACAGCGUCUUGAGCAGCCACGCUUCACUCUGUUUCCUAAGCUUCCUCUCGAGCUCCGACUGAACAUUUGGGAGGCAACCAUUCCUGAGACACUUGUCGUCCAUGUCAAGGCUGAUAAGUCGUUCAAGAAGGUGAAGACAAAAAGAGUCAAGGUUGAUGGCAAUAAAUUUAUUGAAAACGUCAAAGUAGUCUUCAAGAUUACGUUCACGCCAACUGCAACAAAAGUCGUGCUGCGGCCUCAGCCCUUCUAUGGUGUGCUUCAGGCCAACAGUGAAUCUCGUUCUGUUGCUGUUCUGAUGCUACCUAUUCGUCUUCGCUCACAUGAAGAAUAUGGCGAAAUCCGAUUGAAGCCAUCUUAUAUCCUCUCCAUCCAGAACCUGACUAAUCUGACCACUGACGUAUGUAUGGCAAAUAAAUUACGCUUGACAAUCCCAGAAGAGUUAAAAAAGAUCGAGAAAAUUGGCUGGGUUCAUGAUCUUUCUCUCGGUCAAACACAGGUCACGGCAAACGCUUUUCGCAGCGACCCGCGGAUUGGGCCCAAUCAUGUACCGUCUGUGUAUGACUUGAAGUGUAAUCCCCUUCACUUCCUAAAGGGAUUGAAAGAGAUAGUCCAAAUCUGCAAUGUCAAUAAAAAUAUGUGGGAUGGAGAUGUCUCUGGAUGCGACACUCUCAUAGGCUAUAGCCCGUUGUGGACCGAAGAACAAAGAUUGACUUUUGAAAAUGCUCUAACGUCAAAAUUGAAGUGGGACAGAUUGCUCGAUGAGGGUCGGCAGCUGCGCCAAUGGUCUUCAUAUCCUGAGAACAAAAUCAUCGCAGUUGACUGGCCAAGUGAAAAGCUUCUCUCUGCUCCUGCUGAUCAACCCUCCCAGGGUUCUGGUGAGCAAAGCGACGAGCAAUCCAACAAGCAAUCCAACGAGGAACCAGACGACGAGCAAUCUAUUCACGAUCGCCAUGGCUACUGGUCUUCUGACGGAUGGAGCGAUGAAGAUGGCUUCUGA